AUGUGUGCAAUGCAGAACUGGAGCAAUGAGCCCAAUUUUAGCGUACAUAAAUCAAAGGUUGGCAUAAAGUCUGCUCCUCUUCUCAGAAAGAGAAAUCAUGCAAAUUUGCAUCAUGCCACUGAUUCUACCGCUCUGAAACAGGUUUCAAUUGAGAAGACCAUUUGCCUUGGACAUAGGGGGUUAUCUGGAAAUAGUGGAGAAGAGAAUUUUGAUGGUGACAGUCCGCCACUACAGAAGCUGAAUUCGGCAAGAAAGAACUUCCCCAUGAAGAUAUUUCUCCUUCUAUUGGGUUUCUACACUGCAAAUGCACUUGCUACAAUUAUUGGACAGACAGGUGACUGGGAUGUAUUGCUUGCAGGUGUUGUGGUUGCCGCCACAGAAGGGAUUGGUAUGUUAAUGUGCAGAAAGCCCUCUUCUUUAUCCGCUGGAAGGUUGCAGUCUUUUGUGGUGUUGGUGAACUAUUGGAAAGCAGGAGUGUGCUUAGGACUCUUUGUGGAUGCCUUUAAAUUAGGUAGUUGAACUCUUCCUCAUUGCAUCCAACAUCUGGGUUUUCUUUAGGUUCAGUUCGGUUUUCAUUUUAUAGGAUGCUGGUAUUUCAGUUUUACGAGUCGGUUUUACAUAGUUAAAUUGAUCAAAUAUCAAUAAUCAUGCUUCUAAUGUUAUUACCUCUGACAUUUGAUUGAUUCAUUGCCUCUGUUGCUGUUAGCGUUCAUUGCACGGUGUGCACGCAGACACAGAUUCCACUUUAUGUAGUUGGUUGGAUUCAGACAUUCAACAGAUAUAUAAGAUGUUUUGAACCGGCAUUUAUGUUGA